AACUACUGAGCCUGUCAGUAUUAUGGAACUGCAGAAGUUAUCUAAAGGUAAUCAACACCAUGAAGCUGCUGUGCCUGAGGAGGAAGGAUGUUGUAGAGUUCCACCAGAGAAAGCAAAGGUCCUGCAGCACAAGAGCGAAGCAGCAAGUCAGUUUACAGAUUUUGAGGGUAAAACCUCCUUUGGAAUGUCUGUCUUCAACCUGAGUAAUGCCAUCAUGGGCAGUGGCAUUCUGGGUCUGUCAUAUGCCAUGUCGAACACUGGCAUAGUCCUUUUCCUGAUCCUGUUGACAUGCAUUGCUUGUCUUUCAUGUUAUUCCAUCCAUUUGUUGCUAUGCAGUGCUGGAGUUGUGGGUAUCAGAGCCUACGAGCAGCUUGGUCUCAGAGCUUUUGGUCAUUCAGGGAAGAUUCUUGCAGCUGUCAUCAUAACAUUACAUAACAUUGGAGCCAUGUCAAGCUACCUGUUCAUUGUAAAAUAUGAGCUACCAUUGGUCAUCCAAACCUUGCUUGGCCAGUCACCCAGCUCUGACGACUGGUUCAUGAAUGGAAACUACCUCAUCAUCAUUGUCACCGUCUGCAUCAUCUUCCCGCUGGCCCUGAUGAAACACCUGGGAUAUCUUGGUUACAGCAGCGGAUUCUCUCUUUCCUGCAUGGUCUUCUUUCUCUCUGUGGUCAUCUACAAGAAAUUCAUCAUCUCUUGUCCUCUGGAAGUGUUUAGUAACUUCUCUGUGAACACAUCUCUCCCAGACGACACAUGCACCGCCAAAUUCUUCACCAUCAACCAAGAGACGACAUAUACCAUCCCCAUCCUGGCCUUUGCUUUUGUAUGUCACCCUGAAGUGCUUCCCAUCUACACUGAACUGAGCAACCCAACCAAACGAAGAAUGCAGAAUAUUGGCAAUGUUUCCAUCCUGGGAAUGUUCAUCAUGUACUUCUUCACUGCCAUAUUUGGCUAUCUGACCUUCUAUGAGAACACUGAGCCAGAGCUCCUCCAUACCUACAGUAAGGUGGACCUCCUGGACACUCUGAUCCUGUGUGUUCGAUUGGCUGUCCUGGUGGCUGUCACGCUGACUGUACCUGUGGUCUUGUUUCCCAUCCGCCGGGCCCUCCUGCAGAUACUGUUUCCAGGGAAGCCCUUCCACUGGCUUCGUCAUAGCGCUAUAGCAGUGUGUCUGCUGUUUACUGUCAACCUGCUGGUCAUCUUUGUUCCCAAUAUUCGAGAUAUCUUUGGCAUAAUUGGAGCCACGACUGCUCCCAGUCUGAUCUUUAUCCUUCCUGGACUGUUCUACAUCCGCAUCAUCCCCUCUGACCAGGAGCCAAUGAACUCCAGACCAAAGAUACAGGCUGCAUGUUUCACAGUGCUGGGUUUCAUAUUCAUGACCAUGAGUCUGACAUUCAUCGGGAUUGACUGGUUGAGUGGAGAAAAGCGAAGUCUCGGUGGUCAUUAGAGAGCAGUCCUCUGGAUACCGAGAAAGAUUCCAUCUACCGCAGGAAGGAUCAUGGAUUCAUUAGUCAUAUGGACAGUCAAUUCCUCCAGAGUGUUAAAAGGAACCCAGUCACCCACUCAGGUUGAUUUAAUA